AUGAACAGUGUUCCCUUUACAGCCCGAACCGUAAAAUUACUUUAUUUUCUAUUUCCGACUAGGUUCAUUUGGAUGCUCAGGAAAAACUUUAUCCUGACCAUAUUCCGACCACCUCUCUACAGAAAUCACUACUUGCUAUCGGCUCGGGCAUUGCAUGUUUGUUGCAUCCACAGAGACCUGGUACUUUAAAACUGGUGUUGCUUAUCAUAGACUUGAUUUCAUUGUUUGGAGAGACUUCUGGCAAAUGCGCAAUCAAACGCAUGCAAUCAAUCAUGCUUGGUGAUUCUGAAGGGCGCGAGAUCCUUGAGUUGGUUCCCACUAAUAUUAUAUAUUUUAAGCAAGCGACCUCGCAUUCGCAGCAAUACGGUUGAUCUUGAAUAUUUGCGAAAGCUUCCACCGAACACUUUUGGACGACACUACUCAGACUUUUUAGUUAACUAUGUACGCCGUCGCAACAUUUUAUCGACUCACCAAAGCAUUAUAGUCCGGAUGAACGAAUGAUGGUUAACUUCGUAGAUGACGUAGACCUGGCCUACGUUAUGUUACGUUAUCGUGAAAUUCACGAUUUGGUCCACGUUCUUCUUAAUCAACCCACAAAUAUGCUUGGUGAAGUAGUCGUCAAGUGGGUGGAGGGCUUGCAGUGCAGUCUGCCACUUGGACUUUUCGGCGGAUAUUUUGGAGCCCUACGUUUAGCUCCAGUGUAAGUCGUCUUCUGCAUUUCUAAUCCUCUGAUGUUUCAUUGAGUCCUUCUCAAAACGUCCAUUUCUUCGCGGGAAAUAUGACAGUUACUCAUCGUUUCAUUAAGUUCAUUUUCAGUCCCAUCUUCCAAUUUUUCGCAUUUCAGUUACUUUCUGAUUUAGUUCAGAUUUACUUGUCUACUCCUUGCCUAGUUUUCAAGUUAUUAUGCCUAAUUUCCCCUUGUGUCUCUUCAGCCAAACGAAGAACUAUCUUUCAACGCAACUUGAAUUUGCCCUUCGUGUAGGGUUGCAUGCGCGAAACUUCAUGUGUGUUUUCUUUGAGCGAUACUGGGAAAUGGAUAUUCAUGAGUUACGUGCUAGGUUGAAUGUUCCAAAUCCUCCUGAGUUGAAGUAUAAACGUCAAAAGAAAAAAGUCGCGUCUUAA